CAGGGCUUCUGGCGUACCCAGGCCUGGGGGCAGCCACCCCUCCAGGCACCUGCUGGCGCUGAGCUCUGGGUCUGGUUCCAGCCCACUGUCACCAACGUUGACAAAGCCUGGAAAGAACUGAGUAACGUCCUCUCAGGAAUAUUCUGUGCUUCUCUCAACUUCAUUGACUCGACCAACACAGUCACCCCAACGGCAUCCUUCAAACCCCUGGGCUUAGCCAAUGGGACAGAUCACCAUCUCCUGCGAUAUGCUGUCCUGCCCCGGGAGGUUGUCUGCACAGAGAACCUCACGCCUUGGAAGAAGCUGCUCCCAUGCGGCUCCAAGGCUGGGCUUGCUGUGCUGCUCAAGGCCGAGCGCUUGUUCCAUAGCAGCUACCACUCACAGGCAGUGCACAUCCGCCCUGUCUGCAGGGAUGCCUCCUGCCUGGCUGUGUCCUGGGAGCUCAGGCAGACCCUCACUGUGGUCUUUGACACCUUUUCCAGCGGCCAAGGAAAAAAAGACUGGUCCCUCUUUAAGAUGUUCUCUCGCACACUUACUGACACGUGUCCUUUGGCAUCGCAGAGCAAAGUCUACGUUGAUAUCUCCCCUAAGAACAAGGAAAAGGAGUUACUGGAAGUGACUCCCACUCCAGCAUCUGUACACGAAGCUAUUGUCCAGGGAGACAAGAGAACCUAUGCUGUCUACGACCUGCUGAGCCCCUCACUCUUCAAUACCUCUCGCAGCCUCAAUGUACAGCUGAAGUGGAAGCGGCCCCAAGACAGCUCGGAACUGCCGACACCCGUGCUCCAUGCUCAGCGCUACGUGAGUGGAUACGGGCUACAGACCGGAGAGAUCAGCACUCUCAUCUACAACACUCACCCAUAUCGGGCCUUCCCCGUGAUCCUGCUGGAGACUGUGCCGUGGUAUCUGCGACUUUAUGUGCACACGCUGACUAUCAUCACGAAGGGGAAAGAAAACAAGCCAAGUUAUAUCCACUACCAGCCAGCCCAGGACCGGAGACGGCCUCACCUCUUGGAAAUGCUGAUCCAGCUGCCAGCCAACUCUGUCACCAAGAUCACAAUCCAGUUUGAGAGGGCCUUAUUGAAGUGGACAGAGUACCCGCCUGACCCCAAUCAUGGCUUUUAUGUCAGUUCAUCUGUGCUUAGUGCCCUGGUGCCCAGCAUCUCUGCAAUGAAGAACAUGGAUGUGGAGCAGAGCCCUCUCUUUACCUCGCUGUUUCCUUCCUCUGAUGGCUCCAGCUAUUUUGUACGCCUGUACACGGAGCCGCUGCUGGUGAACUUGCCGACACCAGACUUCAGCAUGCCCUAUAAUGUCAUCUGCCUGACUUGCACCGUGGUGGCAGUGUGCUACGGUUCCUUCUACAACCUGCUGACCAGAACAUUUCACGUGGAAGAGCCAAGCCGGGGCGGGCUAGCCAAGAGGCUGGCUAACGUCAUCCGCAAAUUCAGGGGGGUGCCCCCCCUCUGAGAGAAACCAGGGCAGCCAGUGCUGGCUGCAGGGCUCCGUGGGGGGACCCAGGGAGCAGAGUGCUGCUGCCUCUUGUCUUUGCUGGAAGCAGCCUGCUCCAUUUUGCUGCCUUGGUCUCUCUUUGAGGUCCAACAAGCUGUGAGAUUGCUUCCAUCAUUAGGAUGUGAAAUGGCUGUAAGCCCAUUGACUACUGAACUGCACUGCUAUGGGAUUGGGAAAGGUGUAAGACUUCUGUUUGGGAGAGGGGUAACUUAUGUGCUGGGAACGAUGCUGGAAGUAAACUUGAGCUGUUUUGUACA